AUGGUUCAGGACGCAUUUGCACAGAAGAAAGAACAUAUUUUGCAAGAAAUUUCGAGUUCUGAAUCGGAUCUUUCUCCCAAGGGCUCUAUCGAUGAGCCAUGUAUUCCUAUCAUUGAGCUCAUAAAUUCUCAUCCUGACAUGGUUACUACCUCUUCGUGUUCUGGUAGAGUUAGUGUGUUCAUUGAGGGCAAUAAAGUGCGUGAUGGGUCUCACAAGAGUGGCGGGAAAGGUGACGGUGGGAAAUGGCUGUUCGUGACGCACGAGUCUUCGAAAGUCAAUGGAUGGAUUGAAAAGUUUAAAGAUAUGAUUGAAUUCAAGCCUGAGGAGGAGUGCGAUCUUGAUUCAACUGUGCAGUAUGUUCUUUACAAAUUUGAGCCCUUGAUUUUGCAUGUUAAAUGUCGAAAUUUCGAGACCGCGGCCAAACUCUUUAACAUCGCAAUGUCGUGCGGUUUCCGUGAGAGUGGGGUAGGCAGUAACAACAUAGUUGCCAUGCGGAUAAACAUCAAACUCGAUAUCCCGAUUGGAUACAAGGCUCCAGGAGACCCUCAAAAUGUGUUACGGUUUUUCGUAUCUAAGAGAUAUAUCACCAUCAUCGAUCAACUCUCGACGAGAAAGUUUGGGGAAAACGCCAUCAAAUUGCGCGAGCUACACAAUCGCAUCGAGGUGGCUUUCAAUCCAGCAAAGGAUCAACCAUCAGUUCCGCAGCCGCAAACUGAGUCGAAAGAAGCGCGAAGAGAGCGAAAACGCAAUGCGGGACUCUUGAGACAAAAAGCCCUUUUGGAAGCGCAAGAAGCUGCCAACGAGUUACACGAGAACGCUCAAUUAUGA